AUGAACCUUCCAGAAGGUCAAAAGCGCUUAGCGGACCCAUCAUCGGACCAUGGCUCUAUCCACCCCUUCGGAUCCUCAAAAGCCAAGCCAAAGCCAAAGAAGAAGCAACAGCGUAAGCAUCAGCCUGCAUCUAACCUUGCCAACACAGCCAAAACAAGCAGCCAGACUAAGAAGCGCAAGGCAGCAAAGUCUUCUAAUGAAACGGUACAGGUGGAUUCUAAUGGCAAGCCCUACGACUAUGACCAGGACUGUCAGCUUGCUACUACGGGAGAGACAACCUGUCAUAGCAAAAUAAAAUAA